UAUUCAUUUCUUUCAUGUUUCAGAUAUGAAAUUUUCCAGCUUAUGGUAAACCUUUAUACUGAGAGGUUUAUUUGGCUGAGAAAGCUUAAGUGACCAAGCUAAUAAUCUGAUAAAUAUAGAGAUUUAAAAGGUAUUGAAUAUUCAUUUAUUAAAAAAUAAUUAAUUAGACUUAUACAGAUCCUAUCCUCUCCUCUCCGUUCCCAAUUUCCCAUUCCCGGCGAACACGAACGCCGACGGCGUAGGCGUUUCCCUCCGGUCAGCUGCGGUGUUGACGACGGUGAAGACCGGUGGACGUUUCCGGUGGACGACAGCGUAGUCGUUUCGAUACAUCCAACUAUUUGUAACGUAGACGUUUCCUCCUGCCUUGUCUUUCGGUUUUGUCUCCAUCUUCAAUCCAAGACAUAAAAGAAUAAUCAAAUCCCUUGGGCGUGAUACUCAGAUUCCAGAAUAUUCAUCUCUAUCUCCAUUCGCCCAACUCACCCAGUUUGAACAUACUGAUUUUAGUUAGCAAAUAUGGUGUCUUUGGGUUUGACUCAGCAAUUCCAAAUGCGAUUCAACAAGAACUCUACUGCGGAUUUUCCGACCAAGGCGGCUCAACCACGGCUUUGCCAUUUUGGCAAAAACAGUGUCCGAUUCAGAGUGUUGGCUUCGGAAAGCCAGGCACCAGAGCCCGAUCUCAGUGUCACUGUAAACGGGCUGAAAAUGCCCAACCCCUUUGUCAUCGGAUCGGGCCCUCCCGGCACCAACUACACCGUUAUGAAGAGGGCCUUCGAUGAAGGUUGGGGCGCUGUCAUCGCCAAAACGGUUUCCUUGGAUGCUUCAAAAGUUGUGAAUGUUACUCCCCGAUAUGCCAAGCUUCGAGCAGCAGGAUCAAAUGGCUCUGCAAGAGGACAAAUUAUUGGCUGGGAAAAUAUUGAACUUAUAAGUGAUCGACCAUUGGAAACAAUGUUGAAAGAGUUUAAGCAAUUGAAAGAAGAAUAUCCGGAUAGGAUACUUAUUGCUUCAAUCAUGGAAGAGUAUAGCAAAGCUGCCUGGGAGGAACUUAUUUACCGGGUGGAGGAGACUGGAGUAGAUGCAAUUGAAAUCAAUUUUUCUUGUCCUCAUGGCAUGCCGGAACGUAAGAUGGGUGCUGCUGUUGGACAAGAUUGUGAACUGUUGGAGGAGGUUUGUGGAUGGAUUAAUGCCACCGCUACUGUCCCUGUUUGGGCAAAGAUGACACCAAACGUUACUGACAUUACAAAGCCAGCUAGGGUGUCUCUUAAAUCAGGAUGUGAGGGGGUGGCUGCCAUAAAUACAAUAAUGAGUGUCAUGGGCAUCAAUCUGGAUACUUUACGUCCCGAGCCUUGUGUUGAAGGAUAUUCAACUCCCGGAGGCUAUUCUUCGAAGGCAGUGCAUCCAAUUGCUCUUGCAAAAGUGAUGAACAUUGCACAGAUGAUGAAAUCCGAAUUCGGGGAUCAAGGCUAUUCCCUCUCUGGUAUUGGAGGAGUUGAAACAGGUGGCGAUGCUGCUGAGUUUAUACUUCUUGGAGCAGAUACUGUGCAGGUUUGCACAGGAGUGAUGAUGCAUGGAUAUGGACUAGUUAAGAAGCUAUGUUCUGAGCUCAGAGAUUUCAUGAAAAAGCAUAAUUUUUCAUCGAUAGAAGAGUUUAAAGGAGUUUCACUUCCAUACUUCACAACUCAUAUGGAUUUGGUGAAAAGACAGCAAGAAGCAAUGCGCGAAAGGAAAGCUAUUAAGAAAGGAUUGCAAUCUGACAAAGACUGGACAGGAGAUGGUUUUGUUCAAGAAACUGAGAGUAUGGUUUCCAACUGAUUAAUGUGUCUUUCCACUUCUAUUCUAACAAAUAAAAGAACCUCCUAUGUACCUGAUUUGGGUGAGGUCCAUUUCUUUUCUGUGGUUGGUAUCACUGUUUAUUUAUUUCUAAUGUAAUUUAUGAUGAAAAUAAAUUGUGCUAAGAUGGUAUGUAGUGACAUCUCUCAUGUGGGAGGUCAUUAGGUUGAGAAAGUAUGUUUGAACAGUCAGUAGCAUUCA